AAAAAAAAAAAAAAAGUGAUGAACGAGAAGUGGUGAAUUACCCAAGCGACUUUCCUCAAAGAGCGAGCGAGAGGAGCCGGGGCGAGCCCCGCGCAGCGCCGGGAGGGACCCGCCGGGCGCUCGCCGGGGACCGCGGGGCUGCCGGGCGGUGAACGCGGUGAACGCGGCUCCGCAGCGACAUGCAAAAAGCCUCAUCUGCUUGCGUUUGACUUGCGAUGCCGGCUCCUCACUAGAAUGCAAACCCUUGCACAGGAUGAAAACAGGUCAUUCUUCCAGAAUGCCAGAGGAAAGUUCGCCAAAGCGAAGUCCUCAAAACAUCCCAUACAAGGAUCUGCCCCAUAUCAUCAAUGCUGAYGGGCAGUAUCUCUUCUGCAGGUAUUGGAAGCCAGCAGCAACUCCCAGGGCGCUGGUGUUCAUCGCCCACGGCGCUGGGGAGCACUGCGGCCGCUACGAUGACUUGGCCCAGAAGCUGACAGGACUUAACCUGUUUGUGUUUGCCCACGACCACGUUGGCCAUGGGCAGAGUGAGGGUGACCGUAUGGUUGUCUCAGAUUUCCACGUCUUCAUCAGGGACAGCUUGCAGCACAUUGAUCUCAUGAAGAAAGAGCACCCUGAGCUGCCUGUUCUCAUCCUGGGGCACUCCAUGGGGGGAGCCAUCUCCAUUCUGACAGCUAGUGAGCGACCCAGUGARUUUUCAGGCAUGCUGUUAAUCUCUCCUUUAGUGGUAGCCAGCCCAGAAGUCGCYACUCCCAUCAAGGUUUUUGCAGCGAAAGUGCUCAACUUUGUGCUCCCAAACCUGUCACUGGGAUCAAUAGAUCCAAACGCAAUUUCCCGGAACAAGAAAGAGAUGGAGUCGUACACAUCUGACCCCUUGGUCUACCACGGUGGCAUGAAGGUGUCCUUUGUCAUCCAGCUGAUGAACGCCAUUGCCAGAAUCGAGCGAGCCCUGCCCAAGCUGACCCUGCCCAUCCUGGUGCUACACGGCUCCUCCGACAAGCUCUGCGACAUCAGAGGCUCCUAUUUACUGAUGGACACAGUGCAGAGCCAGGACAAAACGCUCAAGGUGUAUGAGGAAGCCUACCAUGCCCUCCACAAAGAGCUGCCYGAGGUCUCUACCUCUGUCUUCACAGAAAUACUGACAUGGAUUGGCCAGAAGGUCCCAGCAGCUGGGGAAGCCAGCCAUUCUUAAGAGCAAUUGCAUUUGCAGCUCUUACUGGGGUUUUCUGGGAAUAGAUGUUUUUCUUAUUAGAAAUCUCUCAGAAAAAAAAAUCUAACAUGGAGGGAUUUUUGGGAUAUUUUAUCACGCACAGCAUAAGGGGUGGGGGGAGAGGCAGGGGGUGGGGCAUUAUUUGCUGAUGGAAAUGGCCAUUGCCCUAAUCUGGAGAAGAAUUGAUAGCUGUGGGAUGCCCCUCACCCACCAAACUUUCCCCAYGGCUUCCCCUUCUCUGCUUUCGCCRGGGUGACAGGGAUGUGUUUAUACUGCAAUAAUUAUUGGUGUAUAAAAGAAAUCAGUAUCUUCCACUUCAUGGUUUUGAUGCCAGGUGCGUCCCUUGCCCCCACCAUCCAGUACCUUAAAAACCCUGGUCCUUGAGAGGAGAGCACUAAAYGAAGGUGCUGGGUGAUGAGGAGAGGCUAAAGAUGGAGCUGACUGCUCCCUGAAGGUGAAAGGCUGAUUUUCAACAUCAGACCCAUUUGGAUACUACCUUUUUAAGCAGAUCAGGCCAGGGGAGAGCAAAGAGACGCUUCCCCCGCCGCCCUGCACGUCCUCUGCAAGUUUGCACUCGGGGAAAGCAUGUGGAACAGUGCUUUGAUUUUCAUCAUCAGAGCAGGAUCCCAGAGGGAAAAGCAGGAAUAUGGAAUCAAACCCACUUAGCACAUUCAAUUCCCAUGCUUUUCCCAAUGUCAAACCCCAUCUCCUCUGCAAGAUGAASUAUUCUGUAAAUAUUCCUAGGGACAGGGUUUUUUCCUUCUUUCCUUUUYUUACUUGCCUUUUUUUUUUCUUYUGGAAUUAAUCACUUGUGCUACUGAAACUGAAAAAGCAAAGUUAUAAGAGAAUAUAGUAAUAUAAUAUAUGAUGUAUAUAGAGAUGGCUGGAAGCUGGAGAAGAAACGGGAGGAGAGUAAAGAAGGAGUUAAUCAUUCCUUCUCUUGGCAAGGAGCAAUGUUGUCCUACCAGGAUCCAGUCCUCUCACCAUAACUUUACAGUCAUAAUCUGUUGUUUUCCUUCAUCAGUUGGAAAAUGUCCUGAAAAUAAUGCUAGAGAGAAGUGCAGAGCAUCUGGUGGGUGGGGAGUAGCAGUGGGUGUCCUCAUGGUCCACUGGUUUAGCAGGAGACCCACAGCAUGAGCAGAGAUGCUGUCCCAGCUCACCCCAAAGAGCCCUGGGGCAGAGCACUGAGGGGCAGAGCACUGAGGGGCUGAGCUCUGCCCUCCAGGGCACGGGGGGAGCUUUAGGCAGAACUUGGGGUGUGAUCACCCAUCCAACCUCUGCCUUGCUGGGCCAGGGGCAUCCACAGACCCUGCUCUACAGCUGCCCUGGAGGAGCCUGUGGACGGGGUCUGCRGUGCAGGUGAGCCAAAUCCUAGAGCUUCCUGAGUCUCUGCUAGCAGUAGGAUGAGAGGAAAGAGUUUAGACCCUGGGUUAGAGCAGAGACAUUGCACUGACACAGCAAAAGCUGCGUGGUGAUGACAGGGUGGCUGUGCAGGCCGAUUUAUCCAGCACAAUGGCCCUCAGCAGGAAUUACUGGCACUAUCCAAAGGGAAGGGGUUUAACCUGCACCUCUCCCUCCAGUUUUGCAAGAAGAGAAUGCAAAUGUUGCACUAUGAGAGAGUGGGGCAUCUCCCCCAGUGACAAACCAGCCCUUACUGCUUUCCUUGGCAGCAGCGGGAGCCAGCGCUGUGUCUUGAGCUGCUCUCCCAGGGCUGGGGCCCUCCUGUGACAGUCAGGGGGUCACCCACCUCGUUUUCCUUUGGAAGCAGUUCUGGCAAGGUUCAGGAAAGGGACCUCUGUGCAAUAACAGUCAGGAUCAGGGCUCGGUCCCAUUCAGUCCCAUCACGGAUGGAUGAAAGACAUGUGGAUGCAGGUUGUGUCCUUGUAGUUGCCCCAAGGGGCCCAAGUCAGGGAAGCUCUUUUAUACAGGUUGAUCCAGGCACUUUGGCAUUUGUAUUUUCUUGCCUCUAAAGAGAGGAAUGUGCUGUAGUUCUCCCAGCAAUGCCAGUUUUUUAUUGAAAUAYUAUUCCAGUGCAAUCAGCUGUUCUCAGCAGCCCCUGCUGAACCUCUGGUGACACUCUGGGAAGGAGCGAUGUGCACGUCACCUGCUUUCCAUCUUCCAGCAGCCUGUCUUGAGGCAACUUCUUGUGCCUGAGCAAGCUCCCUCCUGGCCAGAUGCUGCUGGAGAAAGACAGCAAGAAGAGGAAAACUGCAGCAGUGAGAAAUCUCACCUGCUCCUUCAGCUGGAAGGGGAAACAAGUGGGUGUGAUCCAGAGGUGACAGACGUUGCGGGGGYAGUAGCAAGAUGAUGACUUAAGGAUAGGAUUUUCGAAAGCACUUUUCKUGAGGAAGUCAGGAGGAGUAAAUCAAUGCCCACAUUCUUUACAUCCCUUCCAAACUGACAAGCACUUUGCAGGAGGGGAGAGGGAAGUGACCCUUCAGYGGAAAGGUCAGAGCCCGUCUGCUCCCUCCAACCUGGCUUCAGGCAGAGGAAAGUCCGUUGUCAGUGCCUUUGCUAAAAUAUGUCCUUUCACCCAAGAAACAUCUGCAGCUGAACAGAAAUAACRGGAAACAAUUUACAUUGAUUUGGGGAAGCCUUGUCCCUCUGUCCAUAGCCAAGCUCAGCAGUGGCACAUGGCCUGGGGAGGCUAUGUUUGAAAAAAAAAAGGUUAACAAACAAAACCCGCAAAGAACAAAAACAAAAAAAAAAGCCAAACAGCCCAAAGCCAYGGCACAGCGGCAGGUAUUGCCACCUUCAUCCUGUUUUCUGAAGAGUUACCUUCUGAGGCAAUUAACACAGGGAAACCUCUCCCAAAGGAGCCGGGCAGUGCCUGCACUGACCCCACACACUCUGGGCUGGCUUCUGAGCAGAGAGGGGCCACAGCUCCUGGGCAGGUGGGGAAAUGAGUGCUGAGGGAAGGAGCCAGGAACAGUUCAGCCUGGGCCAGGUGAGACACUGAUGUGCACAUUGCAGCUCUCACUGCUGCUGCUGAUCCCUUCCCCUGCCUGUGAGCUCCUUUGUACUGGGUCAGUUAGGUUUCACCAAGCCCCGGAGGAAUUCUUCCUUGGCUGACCGGAUUAGCAGUGAGCGGAGCAGCUGCUGGGGAAAUGUAAUUACACUCUAUUUCCAGCUGGCAGGUAGCACUGGCAGGGAGCACAGCCAGCCUUAUGAACCACACCAGAGCCUGGGCUGCCCUGGAGAACGGGUGGCACUCGUGACUGAGCAAUAGCAACGUGUAACUACUGUAUAUCUCACCACCUGUAGCACUGAGAGGCCCUUCCCCACUGCCUAACCCAUCAUGUUUUCUAUUUAGCCUGUUCUUUUUAUACCACUCACCUUAGCACACUGCCAGAAUAAACCCACAGUUGGGAUGGCAUUUCCUUUUACGAGUAAUUCCUGAGGUUGUCUCUCUUGUUCUGUUGUGUUCCAGUUCAAUAAAAUACAUUUAUAUAUAAAUAUACAUAUAUAAAAACGUAUAUACAUACACAUGUAUUUUCAGUGGAAAAAAAAAACAUAUACAAGUUUAGGAUUCUUAAAGGAAUACAAUGUAUAUUGCAACUAAUAAUAAAGUUAUGUUUUCUGAACA